AUGUUAUUUAUCCUGUCUUUUCAGAUCAUUGGGACAAUUCCACUGAUGCCUAACUCCGCAGUGCCAUCCAGCCAGACGGGAAGUGGAGCUCAGGGUCUUCAAGUUCAGCCAGUCACUCCUCAGCUCCUCACAAAUGCUCAAGGCCAGAUCAUAGCCACGGUUAUUGGCAACCAAAUCCUACCAGUCAUUAAUACGCAGGGAAUAACAUUAUCACCAAUCAAACCAGGCCAACAGAUGCAGCAGCACCAGCAGGCACAGAUAGGCCCAGCAUCUCAGGCCAGUCUCCUUCACUUGCCUCACAGUCAAGCCUCAAUGUCUCAGAGUCCUGUUCGCCAAGCUUCCUCAUCCUCAUCUACAUCAUCUUCUUCAUCAGCACUCAGCGUGGGACAGCUGGUUAGCAAUCCUCAGACAGCCCCUAGUGAAGUUGAUGGAGUGAACCUGGAAGAAAUUCGGGAAUUUGCCAAAGCAUUUAAAAUUCGUCGUCUGUCCCUUGGCUUGACUCAGACCCAAGUGGGGCAGGCUCUCAGUGCCACUGAGGGUCCUGCAUACAGCCAAUCUGCUAUCUGCAGACACACCAUCCUGAGAAGCCACUUUUUUCUACCACAGGAAGCCCAAGAGAACACUAUAGCUAGCAGUUUGACAGCCAAACUGAACCCUGGCCUUUUAUAUCCUGCCAGGUUCGAGAAGCUGGACAUCACCCCAAAAAGCGCCCAGAAGAUAAAGCCAGUUCUUGAGCGAUGGAUGGCAGAGGCAGAAGCCCGCCACCGCUCCGGAAUGCAGAACCUCACAGAAUUUAUCGGCAGUGAGCCCUCUAAAAAGCGCAAGAGACGGACAUCGUUCACUCCCCAGGCCCUGGAAAUACUGAAUGGUCAUUUUGAGAAGAACACUCACCCUUCAGGCCAGGAAAUGACAGAAAUUGCAGAAAAACUAAAUUAUGACCGAGAGGUUGUCCGUGUCUGGUUUUGCAACAAGAGACAGGCACUAAAAAAUACAAUAAAACGUUUGAAACAACAUGAGCCCGGAACUGCAGUGUCGAUGGAGCCUUUGACAGACCCUUUGGAUGAGCAUUCCUAA